AUGACCGUAUUAAACGAAUCAGAACAAUCAUACCUUGAUUUGUGUAAAAGAAUUAUUGAGGAAGGUGAAAACAGACCCGAUAGAACAGGUACAGGUACCAGAUCAAUUUUCGCUCCACCACAAUUAAGAUUCGAUUUGUCAAACGAUUCUUUCCCAUUAUUAACUACUAAAAAAGUCUUCACAAAAGCUAUCAUUCAUGAAUUAUUAUGGUUUGUUGCUGGAUGCACUGACGGCAAGAAACUUUCUGAUUUAGGAGUUAAAAUUUGGGAAGGUAAUGGAUCUCGUGAAUAUUUGGAUUCCUUAGGAUUAACCGAUAGAAGAGAAGGUGAUUUAGGACCAGUUUAUGGUUUCCAAUGGAGACAUUUUGGAGCCAAAUACACCGAUUGUGACGCUGAUUAUAGAGGUCAAGGUAUAGACCAAUUACAAGAAAUAAUCCAUAAGUUGAAAACAAAUCCAUACGAUAGAAGAAUUAUCAUGUCAGCUUGGAAUCCUUCUGAUUUCGGUAAAAUGGCUUUACCACCUUGUCACGUUUUCUGUCAAUUUUACGUUAAUUUCCCUGAAGGAGGUAAACCCAAAUUAUCAUGUUUAAUGUAUCAACGUUCUUGUGAUAUGGGAUUAGGUGUUCCCUUCAAUAUCGCUUCAUAUUCCUUAUUGACUAAAAUGAUAGCCCAUAUAGUCGACAUGGACUGUGGAGAAUUCAUUCAUACCAUGGGUGAUUGUCACGUUUAUUUGGAUCAUAUCGAUGCCUUAAAGCAACAGCUCGAAAGAACCCCAAGGAAUUUCCCUAAAUUGAAAAUUAAAUCAGAAAGAAAAGAUGAAAUCAAAUCGAUUGAUGAUUUCAAAUAUGAAGAUUUUGAAAUCUCUGAAUAUGACCCUUAUGGUCCGAUCAAAAUGAAAAUGAGUGUUUAG